CGAGUAGACCGAGGUUGGGCUGCUUGAUAUCCGCCUUUAUCCACGCUCUGCUCGUCUGAGAGCAGCAACGUACUCUACUCUCUCCAACUCACCCACCAUGGCAGACGAUAGCUCAGGACCGUCUCCAGAGGGAGCUUCUGCGAGUUCUGCUCCUGCUCCUGCGCCGCACUUCUACCCUUUCGCAACGUCACCGGACAUCAUCCGCUCUCACGAGAAGGACGCCUUCAUCACCAGUACACUGACGAGCCAAGCACAAUCGAUCGCCCGAUCUCUGCGCGGUGCUCGAUAUGCCCACGUCCAUACAGACGCCAUCAAGCGUCUAACAGAGCUCCUCUACUUCUCCCUCACCACCCUGCUCGGCAACCGGACACUAGGCGAGGAAUACUGCGACGUCGUUCAGUUGGAAGAUGACACGCUACAAUUCCCAUCGAUUGUGCGGAGGGCGGGCUAUAUCGUGAGCAGUAUUCUACUACCAUGGGUCCUGCAACGCAUCCUGCCCUCGUUCCGACAGCGACUCCGUCUGAAGCUCGAGCGAAACGUCGCGCGCGAGCAAGCGAAGAAAGCUCAACGGACUGGAUCCGUCAAGCUAUCUGCACAGAAGAAAGGGAGAGAGAAUACAUUCUUCACCAAGCUCCGCGUGCAGUCGUACAUUCUCGAGCAUCUCGACUCGAUUACCUCCCUCUCACCAAUCUAUGCGCUUAGUCUAGCGACGUUUUACUUUACAGGGGCGUACUACCACCUUUCCAAGCGCUUCUGGGGUCUGCGCUACGUCUUCACGAAGAAAAUCGGAGAGAGUGAGCAGCGCAUUGGCUACGAAGUUCUAGGAGUCCUGCUGGUCUUACAGAUGACCGUACAGGGAGUCAUCCACAUCCGACAGACCCUGGCGUCUGUACAGGAAGGAAAGGACGAUGUUGUUUCUGAAUCCAGAGCGCCGACUCGGAAGGAUGAAAGCGUGCCACGAUCCAUCCAGAAUCCGCCCUCCACGCCGCUGCUCCCUGCAUCGGUCCCGCGCUAUGACCUAUCAGAAGACCCCACGGCCGUUUCCUGGAUUCCUGCAGGUCAGCAGCGCAAAUGUACGCUAUGCAUAGACGAGUUCAAGGAUCCAAGCGUGACUACGUGUGGACAUGUCUUUUGUUGGAAUUGCAUUCGAGACUGGGUUCGCGAGAAACCGGAAUGCCCGUUAUGUCGACAGGAGGUGUUGGCGUCGAAGGUGCUACCGUUGCGUGGGUAGACGAAAAUCAGUGCAUUUCUGGCGUUAUGGUGUAUCCCUUUCGGCUGAGCGUCGUUGUAUAAACAUGUUGUCUGAUGUUGUGUAUGAUCUGAAACAAUUAGCUAUGUCAACUUAAUAUACCCCUACGUCGAGCA